AUGGCAGCAGUCGGGAGGUUUUCUGCCAUGUUUGCUGGAGUGCUCCUUGCAAUCAUUUUACUGCCAGACUAUCUGCAGGCAGGACCGGUGGCAAUUAAAGAGAAGAAAGAGGGACUAGCUGCUGUGGAGGCCCAGGCCCGCCUCAGGAGGAGUGCGCCCCACUAUCGAGCCCUGCCAGACUUCUGGGGAUGGUACAAGUACUACACCGAGACCAACAACCAGGAGGGAGUGGAGGACCUGGAUCGGCUGUACAUGGCUUACCUGCAGAACAAGCACAGAAACGAGGAGGGCGCCUACAACCACUACCUGACCCACCUCGGCGAGAUCUACAAGGCCUGUGCCAACUCUGACGACCCGGACUGCAUCGCCGAGUCCACCAGCAAGCCCAAGGCCAAGUUCGUCAUGCCCGUGCCCAUCAGAGACGCCAAGGUCCUGGUGUGCAACCCGUACAUCGACCCCUACUGCCUCUUCCCGGCCGCACCCAAGGCCCCAGGGGCCGAGGAGGAGGCCGCCGCCAAGGUCCCUGCCCCACUGUUGGCACCGUUCCUGCCCCUGCCCUACAGGGCCCCGCUGGCGCCCUUGCCCGUGAAGACGCCGCUGGGCAUGUUCUACUUCGCCCCUCCCGUGGAGCCCUUCCUGACGGCCGAGCAGAAGGCCGAGCUGCUGAAGAUCUGCAACCCGGAGGACACCGAGUGCCUGCAGUACCACCUGCGCGCCGCCUACGGCUACAACCCCAUGACCCCCGUGCCCUCCUACUCCGCGCUGGGCUGCGACCCGGCCAAGAACCCCUACUGCUGGCCGCGCCUGGUGCACAAGGCCCCCUCCGGCUUCUACCACCUCUACCCGACGUGCGACCCCGAGACCGACCCCUUCUGCGCCAUGCCGGCCGCGCCACCCGCCGCCGCCCUGACCGACGGCGACAAACCGGCCAGCGAGCAGGCCUGCCACCCGCUCUUCGACAAGGGCUGCAACCCACUGACCGCCACCAAGCUGGCCAGCCUCAGCAAGCCGGUGAUGGAGUACAUGCCCCAGGACGAGCCGGCCCCCGAGCAGCCGCCCAUCGUGUGCAACCGCCGCCUCGACCCCUCCUGCAUCCUGGCCGCCGCCGCCGCCCUGAAGAGGCCGCCGCCGCCGCCCAGCCCGCAGUUCCAGACCCGCCACCGCCUGGGCGUCCGCGGCAAGACCAAGGACGGACACGACUGCUUCAUGUUCUACGACAAGGACUGCAGCCCGCUGACCUCCGCCGACAAAGAGAAAGCCAAGGCGGCCAAGCCCAAAGACGACUGCCACCCCUUUGACCCCAGCUGUGGGAAGUUUGCCGGGAUGCCCUCCGACGGCAAAGCCCCCAGCGGCAAGGCCAAGAACGGCAUCAUCGAGCCCGACCCCGACUGUGACCCCGAGAUGGACUUCAACUGCCGCCUGCGCCGUGCCGAGGAGCCCAACGACGCCCCUGUUCAGCCAGAGGAGGUCCCCGCCGCCGACGCUCCCGCCGCACCUGAGUACGCCGUGCCGCGCUUCGAAGACUUCCUGAAGGCACACAUGAACCGCCAGAACAAAUAA